AUGUUUGCGCAAUUCGAACUUUACUCGGGAGGCUGGGUUCAUGCAGAGAAGCGCGCAAAGCAUCGCCGGUCUCAAGGUGGUUGCAUUCCAUGCCGAAGUCGACGGAAGAAAUGCGAUGAAUGUCGCCCAAUAUGCGGCAGCUGUUCGAGUCGUCGAGUGGCUUGUAGCUGGCGCAGCAGUAAUGAGCGUCGUAACCAGAAGCUCGAUGUUCGGGCUGGUGAAAGGAGCGCGAGUCCUCGGCUGGAUGGCAGCUCUAACGAUGAGACCAGCGGACCUAGUACACCCGAGUCCUCUUUUGAUGAGUUAAUAUUGCGAAAUGGAUACCGAAUCUCUUCUCCGAUCCAAGACCAAGCUCUUGUUGGCAAGACGGGAGCCUUCAACGACUGCUUCCAAGGCCUACCAUCAUGCUCCAUGACAGGAUUGCUAGAGGUUCUCGACCAAGCUACAUCAAGACUUGAUCGAGGACGAGAGUUUUCAAUGCUUGCUGAGGGCUUUGAAGCCUUAGCCAAUUCUCGCAGCAUGCUUCAUGCAUGGCUGGCGUGUUCAGCAAUUAUAAUCUCCCAGUUCCAACCAACCUGGCGUAUACACGCCCUCCAACAACACAGCGAUGCCCUGAAGCAACUGCGCUUAAGUACAAGGAGUGAGAGGGGCCUUACACAGGAUUCCAAUAUCGCGACUGUGCUGUUGCUUCAUGUAUUUGAGAGAUUCGAAAACUCCACUACCGAUUCUCUAACCUAUCUCUCAGUCACGGCGCCUCUGUGCCUGGCACUUGACCAACCGCCUCAAAAUACCCAUCAAGCUUUGGUGCUGGAGACCUUGGUUUAUCAUGUCGCCAUCAACAGCGUCUUUCGCCCAAGCUAUUUACGCAAUUACCACGAUCUUUCGAAGAUCAUAAACCUAUGGUCAAGAUCACCUGUUCUGGAGUCAGACGCCAACUUUCGUGGCUUUGUGAAGGCAGGGUUAUCGGCAUGGCUUCCCAUCGAGCUUUUCGACAUCUUAUUCAAAGUAUCCCAUCUUCUGCAUCAUCGACUCAGCGUAGCACCGGAUUAUAUGCAAGCCAGACUACGAGAGCUGAGGAGCAGAUUACACGAGUGCCAACUUGGAUACGGCGAGGACAUCGAACAACUAGAACCAGUGGCAGCGGUUCCGAAUAGGGGACUAACCAUUACCGACCAUGAUACGGAGAGCUUCCACAUAAGAAGGGUCUACUCACUGGCUAUUGAACUCCUCAUCACCAAACUAGAAAACCCGUCACUGAGGGCUGAAGAGACUUUAGUCGUAAGCCUUUGCGAAGCAGCACUUCAUCAUCUCUCUAGAGUGCGAUCCGACUUCACAAGCCUACUGUGGGCUAUUACUGUUCUUGGCACCGGUAUGACAACGACCAAAAGCCAAGAUCUUAUCUUCCUACAUGUUGAGGCCAUGAAUCACUUUGCAGGUGGCAGGGCAGUGCGAUCUGUCGUAGAGUUCCUUUCAUGUGCCUGGAGACCAAGACCUACGGAUCAUUGUACGCCUAUUGCUGGAAUUUUGACAGAACAGGCCGCUGCAGAGGCUGAGGGAGAGAAUAAUUGCUCGCUGGGACUGGACAUUCUGUUCGAAGAGUCUCUACUAAAAACUGUGAUUCUGUAA